AUGGAUCUCCUCCACCCUCUUACUCAUAAAGCCUUUUCAUUUCUCCUUUUAUCUUCCCUCCUUUUCUCUUCCUCUUUUGUCUUUGCCAGUGUCAAUAACAGUAAGGCCCUGUCAACCGAAGAGCAAUGCAUUGAAGAUCACUUCUCUGCUUUGCUCCACUUGAAACAAGGCUUUAACUUCUCUGUUCCGUACACCAAAACUAGACUCCCUUCUUGGAAUCCUGAUAACAGGGAUUGCUGUUCUUGGGAAGGCAUCACGUGCCAUGGUGCCACUGGUUACGUGACCAGUCUCGACCUCAGCAAGCUCCGUAUCUACGGUCGGAUUGAUUUCGUAAGCCUCUUUCGUCUUCGGAGCCUGCAGAAGCUCAACCUCGCUUCCAAUGAGUUUGAUCCCUCUCCAAUCCCAUCUGGGUUUGAGCAGCUCACCAGUUUGACCCAUCUCAACCUCUCUUCUUUGCGAAUUUAUGGCCAAAUCCCGCUGGAAAUCUCCCGCUUGACCACUUUGGUGUCCCUCGAUCUAUCUUUCAAUGAAUAUAGCAACGGUUCGGUUGCUGAAUACCUGAAACUCGAAAUCCCGAAUAUUGGAGCAUUCGUCCAAAAUCUCUCGAGUCUGAGAGAACUCCAUCUCGAUUGGGUAAACAUCUCAGCGCAGGGUAGCGAGUGGGGCAUGGCCUUAUCCUCGGCACUCCCUCUUCUCCGCAAGUUGAGCUUGAGAGGUUGUUAUCUUUCAGGCCCCAUCCAUCCUUCCCUUUCCAACCUCCAUUUCCUAUCUGAACUCCACCUCAGUGGAAACUCUCUCUCUUCGGUGGUACCUAACUUCAUAGGGAACUUCUCUUCUUUAACUUCACUGCGCCUCAGAAGUUGUGGUUUGCAUGGCAAAUUUCCGGAGAGUAUUUUCAGGCUGCCAAACCUACAAACCCUUUUUGUAGGAUACAAUCCACUUCUGACGGGUGAAAUCCCUCCAAACAAUACUCUCCGGGAGUGGUCCCUAUCCGACACUGGAUUUUGUAGCAACCUACGGGAUUCAUUCACUAAUUCCAAACUGCUGACAAUGAUCGAGCUUAGCGAUUGCCAACUAACCGGCCAAUUUCCAUCAUGGCUUGUGAAGCUCGAGAAACUCAUGCAUUUGGAUCUUUCAUACAAUGGUUUCAGUGGACCAUUGUCAUCAUGGCCUGUGAAGCUCGAGAAACUCAUGCAUUUGGAUCUUUCAUACAAUGGUUUCAGCGGACUAUUGCCAUCCUCUAUUGCCAACCUCAGCAACCUCGCUCAUUUGGAUCUUUCAGCCAAUGGUUUCAGCGGACCAUUGCCAUCAUUGCUUGUGAAGCUGGACAAACUCGUGUCUUUGGAUCUUUCAUCCAAUAAUUUCAGCGGUCCAAUCCCUUCUUCCUAUGGCAACAAGUUUCAAAAUCUUCAGUGGCUCAGCGUUUACAAGAAUUCACUUAGUGGGACCAUCCCAUCAUCAUUGUUUUCACUCCCAUCGUUACAAUCCUUGGAUUUCUCAGAAAACCAAUUGAGUGGUCAGCUUGAAGAUUUCCAAAAUGCAUCCUCUUCACGGCUAGAGAUCAUUUAUUUGUUCAAGAAUUCACUCAGUGGGACCAUUCCAUCAUCAUUGUUUUCACUCCCAUCGUUACUAUGGCUGGAUCUCCAAGACAAUCAAUUUAGUGGUCAUCUUGACCAGUUCCAAUACACAUCCUCUUCAGUGCUACAGUUCAUUUAUUUGUCUAACAAUUUACUCAGUGGGACCAUUCCAUCAUCAUUGUUUUCACUCCCAUCAUUACAAGAGCUGCAUCUCCAAGAUAACCAAUUUACUGGUCAGCUUGGCGAGUUCCAGAAUGCAUCCUCUUCACAAUUAGGGAUGAUUGACUUGAGCAACAACAGCUUGCAAGGGCAUAUUCCGAGAUCCAUCUUUGCACUCAUCAACCUUCAUUACCUCAUGCUUUCAUCAAACAAUUUCAGCGGUGAUGUGGACCUUGGCUGCUUAUUCCAAAACCUUAAGUACCUCUGGUACCUUGAUCUUUCAAAUAACCACUUCUCAGUCGGCUAUAGCGGAAGCAAUUCAACCUCCAUAUCCUUCCCCAAAAUCCAAGAGUUGUCAUUAAGAUCUUGCAACAUCAGCAAAUUUCCAGAUAUCUUGAGAAGCCUAGAGGAGAUGGAAUAUUUGGACCUUUCCAAUAACAAAAUCAAUGGUGAAAUACCCAAUUGGAUAUGGAAGGUUGGAAAUGGGGAUUUGAAUUAUUUGAAUCUUUCUCAUAAUGCUUUGGAGGGAUUAGUGCCACCAAUUCACGAUCUUUCCAUAAGCACGUUGCAAUACGUUGACCUAAGCUUUAAUAAGCUAGAGGGCUCAAUCCCAAUCCCUCCACUUUCCAUCGAAUUCUAUUCACUUUCAAGCAAUAAUUUUAGUGGAGAAGUUCCACUGCUUUUUUGCAAUGCUCCAAUAAUAGCCCUCAUUCUGUCUGACAACCGCUUCAAUGGUUCAAUUCCACCAUGUCUAGGCGAAAACAGCUCUGGCCUCAUUGUUUUGAAUCUUAGAGGAAAUGCAUUUCAAGGCAUCUUGCCUAAAACAUUCAAAGAGCAAUGUACUCUAGAGACACUUGAUCUUAGUCGAAAUCGGUUAGAAGGGCAAGUACCAAGGUCGUUGGCCAAUUGCAAGAAGUUGGAGGUGUUAAACCUUGGAAGCAAUCAAAUAAAUGACAACUUUCCUAUUCCGUUGGAAAACUGGUCCCAAUUGCGUGUUCUCAUCUUGAGAUCCAACAAAUUUGAUGGCACCGUUGGGCAAUUCCUAACAACUCGCAACUCGUCACUAUUACAAAUCAUCGACCUCUCUUCUAACAGCUUUACAGGUAGCUUACCAUCAAAUAUGUUUAAGAGCUGGAAGGCAAUGAUGGAGGAGGGCAAAUCCCAAUCUCAAUUCCUUAGCAAAGGUUUUGGAAAUGGAUACUAUCAAGAUGAAGUGACUGUAGUGAGCAAAAGGCUAGAAAUGAAGCUAGUAAAGAUCCUUUUUGCCUUUACCAUAGUGGAUUUCUCAAAUAACCAAUUUUACGGGGAUAUCCCAAAAUCAAUUGGGGAUCUAAAGUCGCUGCAUGGGCUAAAUAUAUCCUUCAACCAUCUCACAGGCCGAAUUCCAGCAUCAAUUGGGAAUAUAAAAGAUCUUGAGUCAUUAGAUCUCUCACGAAAUAAUUUGUCAGGUGAAAUUCCUCCAGAACUUAUAAAAUUAACAUUCCUUGAGGUGUUAAAUCUUUCACAAAACCACCUUGUGGGUAGCAUACCGCAAAGCAAUCAGUUUCUUACAUUUACGAAUGAAUCUUUUCAAGGAAACUUGGGAUUAUGCGGUCCUCCACUAUCAAAGAAAUGUGAAGAUAACAAGGUUACACUACCAUCAACACAAUCGGAAAGCAAAUACGAUUGGAAAUUCAUGUGCAUUGGGUUUGGAGUUGGAUACGGCGUGGGAAUGGGAAUUCUUUUCUGGACUCUAGCACUUUGGACAAAGGGAAAGAGAGAAUACAUUAUGUUUAUUGAUAAAAUGCUUUUGUUAAUAUUUCCGUGUAAGGCAUUUAGUCUAAUGCAUCGAUACUAA